GGCAAAAUGAACUAAUCAUUCCUCACUCCGUAUGCGCAACGGCCCAGACUUCGCGCCUUUCCACUCCUGUGCCCGUCACCUCCAGGAAGCUCUGAUGUGGCGACGAUGACCAACGUGUGCACCUUCCGCGACCAUGGCUAAUCAAGACGACGUCUUUCGCGUGCGUCUCAACUGCCUAGAUCAUUACCAGGCCGCUCCAACAUCUCUCGACCCGCCGCUAUGGGGCCCGAAUGCUCUCUCGUCAACUCAGCGAAGCACUCUGCCUCAUGUGCCCGUCAUUCGCGUUUUUGGCGCCACCGAAACCGGACAAAAGGUGUGCGCGCAUAUCCACGGCGCCUUCCCGUAUCUUUACGUUCCCUACACCGAAUCACCGGACCAAGAUAGCGUCGAUCAGUUCAUUGCCACCUUGCGACAUUCGAUCGACCAUGCGCUUGCCUUGUCCUAUCGGCGCAAUCCCUACGCCGAGCCCCGCCAAGCGCAGUUUGUGGCGUACAUCAGCUUGGUCAAGGGCGUGCCUUUCUUUGGCUACAACGUCGGGUACAAGUAUUUCUUGAAGAUAUACAUGCUCAACCCGAUGCAUAUGACCAGGCUUGCGGAUCUUCUGCUUCAGGGUGCGGUGAUGCAGAGGACCUUUCAGCCUCACGAAGGACAUUUGCAGUACCUCCUGCAGUGGAUGUGUGAUUUCAAUUUGUACGGAUGCGCCUUUGUGGAGACCAACAAGCCGCGUUUCCGCUCUCCUGUUCCUGCAAGAGACGACCUGGACGAUGUCACUCAUCUCUGGCACGAUGGUUCCAUUGGCGACGAGCUGAUGCUCGACGAAGCGGACUUUCCGAGACAGAGUCACUGCCAGUUGGAGCUCGACUUCACGGUCGAAGACAUCCUCAACAGACAUUCGAUCAAGGCUCGAGACCUCCAUCAGUCUUUCGUCGAACGACUGGCGUCCAUGGAAGAACUUCCGCCCGAGGAAAAGCUGGUUCAUUCCAUGGCGGGCCUUUGGAAAGACCAAACUCGUCGACGGAAGCAGCGAAUGGGCCUUACCGAUCCGGGGUCGUCGCCUUUCCCACCCGAAGUCUUGUUGAGCAUGAGCGCGGACCCAAGGAACGACAACAAGGGCGGAUGGAUCCAUGAGGAAGAGUUUCGCGAAAUGGUUAGAGAGCUUGCGAAUCAGGAAAAGCAGGCCCGUGCUGGUGGCAAUAUCACCUUUGACAACUUCUUGUCACAAACACACGAAGGCGACGGAGUGAAUACAGCGUUGCAGAGUGUUGAAGAGCUCUUCCACUCCAAUCUCAUUGCUAAAAAUGCACAGGUCUCGGCGAUGGCCAGGAUGAAGAAGCAGGACGAUCUGACGUUGGGGGUCGAACGUUCGAACGGCACCAGCCAUGAGAACGAGCCUUUGGUGGAUAUGAGCGGCAUGGCAGAGGUUGUUGACGAAGAAGACUACGGCAGCGACGAGGAAGUUGCUAAGACUAGGGCUCUUACGCAACGACCUCCCCUGGACGAUGGUGUCAUCGGUGACAUUUCCGACAAGACAGCGGCCGAUAACAAAGGCGAUGUUGCCGGCAGCGAACCUGACCAUGUUCACCCGGUGGACUCAGAUCAUGAUGCUGGACGCAAAGAGAGUGCACAGUCGCUUAAACGUCCGGCCCCGAGUGCCACUCAAGGCCCUUUUAAAAGAGCCAGAUUCGAUAUUGAGCAAACGCAGACGUCGACAAAGAAAGUGGCUUUUCGCGUCAAGGACGUCCCGCGUGGGAAGCGUAAGGCUGAUGAGCAAGCAACUGAUGAGGCCGGACGUUCUGCCAUAUCUGCGAAAGUAGGUGGAAGGCUGUCAAACGGGAUGCAUUCCACACAACUGCCGCCAUCUUCUCAGCGGUCUACUCAGUCGCAAAGCUCGCAGAGUAGCCGUCUGGACUAUCCCGUAGUCAAAGGAGUCUCGAGCACCGAAAACGCCAAUCGUCCCAGCCAGAAAACUUCGAACACGAAGGCCCAGUCCGACAAAGGUUCGGGAAGCCGCACGACAAGCUCCUUUGAUGGGCUGCACAAGUCACACUCUACCACGAGUGAGAGAACGUCAUCUACGACCAACUCUGAGCAGCCGCUCGUCCUCUCGCGGCUUACACAAGUCUAUGCGACCCGCUUCAAUCUCGGCUCCGAUGCGAGUGUUUUGAUGUUCGGCGCUUUGCCACCCUCCCUCGAAGGGGUCACAAGCACGCUCACACCAUCCGUCGUCUAUCAAGAUGCUUACUAUAGCAACGAGAGAGACGUGCCAGAGCGUGCUAGGGAAUAUGCAGGCCAGGAGUUCAUCCUUGAAAGCAACACCCUCCCUUUCUUACCCGAGUUCGACAAAAUGGGCCUCGCGGGAGCGAGGAAGCCCCUUCUUCCAGAAAAAGCCAAGGACGAACUAGCAGAGUCGAGACGCCGGCAACGCUGUACUCUCAAGGCGUGGGAGAUUAUGCAUGUGCCGCCCACUUUUGCGGAAGUUGAGCGUUGGGUGCGUGCGCCGAAGGUCGACGAAGUGGACGAUCUGGACCAGCUCGAAGUCGAUGGCCCACCAGCCACACAAAGACUCGCGCGAGACACCUGGGCCAAGCCGGCUGCCAUGCCCGUUAUCUCGCAAAUCGAUGGUCCAACGCAGAAGCACAAGGGAGGCUUCAAGUACUCGCAGCACAAGCCGAGCACCAGCGUGCAGCAUGAGACUGGAUACAUGAGCACCAUGAGCUUGGAAGUCCAUGUCAACACACGCGGGGAACUUGCACCGGACCCGGAGCAGGAUGAAAUAAACCUGGUCGUGUGGUGUCUCGCCUCCGAAGACAUGGACGAAGAGACGAAGAUGGGGAUUGUUGUGCUGAACAGAGACGACGAGGACCUUGCAGAGCGCGUCCGUCACAUUGUAGGUAAUGGAGUGAGCAUCGACGCCGAAGACAACGAACUCGAUAUCAUCAACAAGAUGGUCGACGUCGUUCGCGCCUACGACCCCGACGUGCUCACUGGGUUCGAGGUGCAUAACGGCAGUUGGGGUUAUCUCAUCGAACGCGCGAGACUGCAGUUCGAAUUCAACCUGCCGGAUGAAUUCUCAAGGAUGAAGUCACAAUCACAUGGCCGCUUCGGCAAGGACGCCGAUCGCUGGGGCUUCACCCAUACAUCCACCGUCCGCAUUACCGGCCGACACACCAUUAACAUCUGGCGCGCUAUGAGAUCAGAGCUGAACCUGCUGCAGUACACGAUGGAGAACAUUGUCUUCCAUCUCUUGCAUCGCCGCGUUCCCCAUUACUCCUUCGCCACGCUUACGGGCUGGUAUCAGAGCAACAAGCCUCGCGAUCUGGCUAAAGUUCUGGACUACUUCAUGAGCCGUACCACGCUCGAUCUCGAGAUCCUCGACGCCAACGAAUUGAUCCCGCGUACAUCCGAACAGGCGCGCUUACUGGGCGUGGACUUCUUCUCCGUCUUCUCGCGCGGCUCGCAAUUCAAAGUGGAGUCGCUGAUGUUCCGUAUUGCGAAACCCGAGUCUUUCAUGCUGGUCUCGCCGUCAAGGAAGCAGGUCGGCGCUCAAAAUGCGCUCGAAUGCAUCCCUUUGGUGAUGGAGCCGCAGUCUGCCUUCUACAGUAGCCCGAUGCUUGUGCUGGAUUUCCAGAGCUUGUAUCCGAGUGUCAUGAUUGCCUACAACUACUGCUACUCCACCUGCCUUGGACGCAUUGUGAACUGGCGCGGAACGAACAAGCUUGGAUUCUCCGACUUCAAGCGCGCUCCGGGCCUACUCGAGCUGGUCGAGGAAAAGUUGAACAUCGCUCCCAACGGUCUGAUGUAUGUGAAGCCAGAGAUGCGAAAGUCGCUGCUCGCGAAGAUGUUAGGCGAGAUCCUGGAGACGCGCGUCAUGGUCAAAUCGGGAAUGAAAAUCGACAAGGACGACCGGACCUUGCAGCAGCUGUUGAACAAUCGACAAUUGGCGCUGAAGCUGAUUGCCAAUGUGACGUACGGCUAUACUUCUGCUUCCUUCUCGGGCCGCAUGCCGUGUUCGGAGAUCGCAGACAGCAUUGUGCAGACCGGGCGUGAGACGCUGGAAAAAGCGAUCGCCCUGAUUCAUAGUGUAGAAGACUGGGGUGCUGAAGUGGUGUACGGCGAUACGGACAGCUUGUUCGUGUACCUGAAAGGCCGCUCGCGGGACGACGCAUUCAAGAUCGGCGAAGAGAUCGCCAAAGCCGUGACGGACUUGAAUCCGCGUCCCGUCAAGCUCAAGUUCGAAAAGGUCUACCACCCCUGCGUCCUGCUCGCCAAAAAGCGCUACGUCGGCUUCAAGUACGAAAGCCCCAAACAGACCGAGCCGGAAUUCGACGCAAAGGGCAUCGAAACCGUGCGCCGCGACGGCACGCCCGCCGAGCAGAAGAUCGAAGAAAAGGCGCUCAAGCUCCUCUUCCGCACCGCCGACCUCAGCCAGGUCAAGCGCUACUUCCAACAGCAAUGCACGAAAAUCAUGGCCGGCCGCAUCAGCGUGCAGGACUUCUGCUUCGCCAAAGAGGUCAAGCUCGGCUCUUACGCUGAUAAGGGCCCGGCUCCGCCGGGCGCCAUCAUCGCUACCCGCCGCAUGAUCAAAGAUCCGCGAUCUGAGCCGCAGUACGGCGAGCGCGUGCCGUACGUCGUAAUCGCAGGUGCGCCAGGCGCACGACUAUGGGAGCGCUGCGUUGAGCCCGAACGCUUGCUGUACGACGAGCAGGCCGAGCUGGACGCCGAGUACUACAUUUCGAAAAACUUGAUUCCGCCUCUGGAGCGCAUUUUCAAUCUCGUCGGCGCCAACGUCAGGCAGUGGUACGAUGAGAUGCCAAAGGUGCAGCGCAUUCGCAUGCUAGGUGGGCCACGUGAGGGCGCCGAGAUGGAGGGAGGAGGCAAAGGCAAGGCCCGCAAGACGAUGGAGAGCUACAUGGGCAGUUCGCUUUGCCUGGUGUGUCGGGUGAAAUUGAUGCCUGUGCCGCCUGCGGUGGAGAUUCUACCCCUGCCGCUGUGCGAGUCGUGUCGGAAGGAGCAGCCUCAGCGGUCGCUGUUGUCGUUGCGGCGCAGACUGCAGGGCGCAGAGAAGCGGGCGGCGGAUCUCGAGGAUAUGUGUCGUAGCUGUGCGUCUUUGCCCGUGGGCGAUCGGGUCAAGUGCGAUUCUCGCGAUUGUCCUGUGUUUUAUAGUCGCGUCAAGGCGGAUACGCAGCUGGGCGUUGCGCGCAGUGGGUUGGCGCGGGUGCUGGAGUCGCUUGAGGUGGAGGAGGCGGAUCUUGUGAAAUGAACUGAAGUGAAACGAUCUGGUGUUCGAGGG